AUGGCUGUUCCUCCAUCUACGGGCCUUGAAGGAAUGAAAACUGACAAGAGUGCUGCUCAAACGGAAGAUUUGGACGUGAAAGAAAUUCCCGAGGUUCCUCCACCAUCACAAAGCACCAAAACAGAACCUACUUCAAUGAGUAUGUCGACAAAUGCAAGAAAAGACAGCGUUGUGAUGCCCUUGAAUACAGGAGGUGUAGCACCUCAGCAAAAGUCAGCAGCCACAGCGCCUACUACCCUCCAAAAUCAGAUUUCAACUAAUAUCCAAAAAAAUCCCACAGGGAAACAACAGAAAACUUUGGGAGAUAUGACGCAAGAAAUGAAGGAAACUCUAAACAAAACCGUAGAGGAAUUGGAGAAAUCGGAUGCAGAAUUUAAUAGACUUGUUGGUAAUGUAGAGAAGAGGAUUGCGUCUUUACGUUUGAAAAUGAGAAACUGA